AUGCAACAAAACACCCCUGCUGACACUGCCCAUUUCUUCCUCUGUCUCUUCAUAGGUCCACUUCCUUCUACACCCUCAACCCCACUGCCUAAUAUCACGACGCAGACAACAACAAGACCACCCACAUCACCACCUGGGACGUCCUCAGGUCCACUUCCUUCUACACCCUCAACCCCACUGCCUAACAUCACGACGCAGACAACAACAAGACCACCCACAUCACCACCUGGGACGACCUCAGGUCCACUUCCUUCUACACCCUCAACCCCACUGCCUAACAUCACGACUCAGACAACAACAAGACCACCCACAACACCACCGGGGACGACCUCAGCUCCUACACCCUCGCCCCCCUUGCCAGACACUACAACACUGCCUCCACAUACAACAACCUCACCGGCACCUGGGACAAGCACAGCUCCCCCGACAGACUGCAAUUUCACCUGCACAUUCGACAAGGACUUCUGUGGCUGGGUCCAGGCAGACUACAGCAGCAUUGACUGGAUAAGGAACAAAGGUCCAACGCCCACACCAAAUACCGGCCCCUCCUCUGACCACACAACUGGAGACGGCUACUACAUCUACCUGCAAGGGACUGAUGAUGCUCUCUCCGGGUUUGUGGCUGUCCUGGUCGGUCCGGUGUGCAGCUGGGAAGGAACGCACUGCUUCCGCUUCUGGUACCACAUGUACGGAAACUCUGAAAUGGCCCUGCGGGUGUACGUGGCAAAGGACUCUGAGCAAGUGGAGGUGUGGAAUCAAGAAGGGAACCAUGGGGACAUGUGGCAUUUGGGAGAGGUGACGGUGCACAUCACAGGAAAUACGCAGAUUUUGCUGGAGGGACAGUGGGGCGAAGACGCCCGGAGCAACGUAGCAUUGGAUGAUCUGUCCAUUGAAAAGGGAUCCUGUGCAGGUGAACCAACAGCAACACCCACGAUCCCACAGCCAGGCACUACAACGCAGACAACAUUAAGACCAACAACAACACCACCAGGGACGACCUCAGGUCCACUUCCUUCUACACCCUCAACCCCACUGCCUAACAUCACGACGCAGACAACAACAAGACCACCAACAACACCACCUGGGACAACCUCAGGUCCACUUCCUUCUACACCCUCAACCCCACUGCCUAACAUCACGACGCAGACAACAACAAGACCACCCACAACACCACCGGGGACGUCCUCAGCUCCUACACCCUCGCCCCCCUUGCCAGACACUACAACACUGCUUCCACAUACAACAACCUCACCGGCACCUGGGACAAGCACAGGUCCAUCAACACCAACAUCCACGAUUCCCUUGCCGGGCACUACAACGCAGCCUGCCCACACAACAUCACCAACAACACCAAUACCCAGCUCAGACCGUGCUUCCUGCAGUGCCUCUGGAGAUCCACAUUAUAACACUUUUGACCACAGAGUCCAUAAUUUCAUGGGAAAUUGCACUUACACCCUCUCCAAAGUGUGCAAUGUCUCUGAGAAGCUUCCAUACUUCGAUGUGUCCACAACAAAUGAGCACAGAGGAGCCAACACCAAAGUCUCUUAUGUGAAGUCAGUGCAAGUGGAAGUCUAUGACAACCAGAUUUCUCUACUGAAAAACAAGAAAGUGAAUGUGAAUGGUCGCAGAAUGAACCUGCCUGUAUUUAUUGAGAAGAAAAUCAGUAUUCAAAGCAGUGGUGGAUAUGUUCUCUUGGAAACUGACUUUGGACUGUGGGUGAGAUAUGAUGGAAACCACUAUGCAGAAGUCUCCGUGCCCUCUAAUUACAGUCAUCUGCUCUGUGGCCUCUGUGGUAAUUAUAAUGGUGAUCCAAAUGAUGACAAUAUAAAACCCAAUGGUGAUAUUGCCAGUAGUUCCACUGAUCUUGGAGAAAGCUGGCUUGUGCCUGAGAAUAACACCAUAUGCUCCAGUGGUGGGACAGAAGAGCAGUGUGAUUCUGUGUUGGAGAGUGAAGCAAAGAAGAACACAGCAUGUGGCAUGAUCACAGACCCAACAGGAAUCUUCAAGGACUGUCAUACCAAAGUGCCUCCAGAGAAUUUCUUUGAAAAUUGUGUUUAUGACAUGUGUUUCACUGGUGGACAGGCAAUAUCUUUAUGCUACGGACUACAGGCCUAUGCUGAGUCAUGUAUCAAUGCUGGCAUAUGCAUAGAGUGGAGGAAUGCUACUCUUUGCCCAAUGUCCUGUCCUGGAGGCAGCAUCUACAAGAGCUGUGGUACUAGGUGUCCCUCUACCUGUUUGAACAUGUCAGCAGCUGAUUCCUGCAGUUCUUUACCAGUGGAAGGUUGCUUCUGUAAGGAAGGUUAUGUUUUGAGUGGAGAUAAAUGUGUGCCGGAAAGCAGCUGUGGUUGUGUUGAUAAAAAGAACCAGUAUCACCAGCUGGAUGAAAGCUGGUUCACCCAUUAUCCCUGCACUGAACGCUGCACCUGCAAGGCUAAUAACACCAUUGAAUGCACAUCCUGGGAGUGUGGAGUCCAAGAGGAAUGCAGUAUUCAGGAUGGUGUGCUGGGCUGUCAUUCCAAUGGUCAAGCAACAUGUCAAGUGGUAGGAGAUCCCCAUUAUUUCACUUUUGAUGGAAUGAAGUACACUUUCAUGGGAACCUGCACCUACACUUUGGUUGAGGUUGUCAACACUUCCACCAAUGUCAUUCCUAUAACCAUACUGGGCAAGAAUGAAGACAGAGGACUGAGAGGGGCCACAUACCUGAAAGAAGUCUAUAUAGAUGUGCAUGAUGUACGAAUCACCCUUCAGAAAAACCAAGGAAUCCUGCUGAACAAUGAGAGAGUUUACACCCCAGUGGAGAACCGACUGCAAGGCGUGUCCAUUGGAAAUGUUGGCAGAUUUAUAGUCGUGGAAACUGACUUUGGUGUGAUAGUGAAAUACGACGGCAAUCACCAUCUGGAAAUCACCCUCCCACAAUCUUAUUUCUCACAGGUGCAUGGCAUGUGUGGUAAUCUCAAUGAUAAUCGUGAAGAUGAUCUGUCCUUGCCCAAUGGAACAGUCGUCAGUGCCACACAGUUUGGAAAUAGCUGGAAAGUGGAGAUAGACAGUGAUAAGGGUUGCUUACCAGACUUAAGAGAAGAUGAUAACCCCCCUUGCACUGCUGAAAAUAAACAAGUCAUUGAAAGCCAGUGUAACGUCCUAAAAUCAGACAAAUUCAAAGUAUGCCAUAAUCUAGUCAACCCUGAAGACUUUGUAGAGAUCUGCAUCUAUGACAUGUGCCAGUAUGAUGGCAUGAAGUCUGCUCUCUGUGACAUAGUUCAAGCCUAUGUGGAGACCUGCAAGAACCAUGGAAUCACCAUUAAAUGGAGGAAUAACACAUUCUGUCCAUUGUCCUGCCCAUCCCGGAGCCAUUACAAAGACUGUGUCUCUGCCUGCCCAUCAACAUGCAAUGACAUUUUUGCCUCUUCCCUUUGUGACAAGACAGAAGAGUGUACAGAGGGAUGUGAGUGUGAUGAUAAUUAUGUGCUCAGUAAUGGCAACUGUGUACCUCUGAGCAGUUGUGGCUGCAGGGAUGAUGACAACAAUUACUACAGUGCUGGGGAGACAUGGAUAACUCCACACUGCGCCAGAAGAUGCCAGUGUCAGAAGAACGGUGUCAUCAGUUGUAACAGCUAUAGCUGUGAUUCUAGAGAAACCUGUGUGAUCAAAAAUGGAAAAUACAAGUGCCAGCCAACAGGUUUUGGAAAAUGCCAGAUCCUGGGCGACCCACACUACAUCACCUUCGACGGUCUGGUGCACCACUUCCAAGGGAAAUACACGUAUAUUUUGGCUCAGACCAUCCCUGACCUACCUGAUACUCUCACGCAGUUCAGCAUUGAAGGCACUAACUCUCCUUUAUUCCUAUUUCGACACCUUACCUACCUGAAAGAGAUUCUCAUCAAUGUUUACAACCACACAGUGCGAUUCAGGCAGAACAAGCAGGUUCUGUUGGAUGGUGUCCGUGUGAGACCCCCUCUUCGACCUCAUGACGGUAUUCAUAUAUAUCAGAGGAUAACAAGAAUUUACCUAGAGACAGAUUUUGGCUUAUAUGUGAGCUUUGAUGGCAAUGAAAAUGCAGAUAUAAAGCUGGCCAACACCUAUGGAAGCAGAGUGGAAGGCUUGUGUGGUGACUUUGAUGGGAGAUAUAGAAAUGACUUCACAAAUCCAGAUGGUGUUUGGGUGAAGAACGUGAAUGUAUUUGGUGAAAGUUGGAAAGUUCCUUUAAAAAGAAGCUCUCGUUUCAGACGAGAUGUCAACUCAGGAAACGAGUCUGAGGAGGAGCCAGAUCCAGGACUUUUCCAAGGUUGCAACGAAAAUCAGCUGGAGCAGCAAAAUGCAACUUCAAGAUGCCAAAUCCUGACUGACUUGAAUGGUCCUUUUGCAAAGUGUCAUUCUACAGUCCUACCGGAUUUCUAUUUCACGAGCUGCCUGUUUGAUAUGUGUGUGCAAGGAGAUGAGGUCACUACCUUGUGUCGCAGUCUGGAGGAAUAUGUGCUGGCCUGUCAGCAGCAAGGAGUCAGUAUGGAUGGCUGGAGACAACAGACAGUUUGUGGUAUAUCAUGUCCUGCCAACAGCAACUACAGCUCAUGCACGUCUGCAUGCCCAGCAUCCUGCAACGACCUGACCAGCCCUUCUGAGUGUGAAUCACCUUGUGUGGAAGGCUGUGAAUGUCUCCCUGGCUAUGUUCUUAGUGGUUUUGACUGUGUGCCUUACAAAGAGUGUGGCUGCACCUACCUGAACAAAUACUAUGAGAUUGGAGAAAUAUUCACCACUGAUGACUGCUCUCAGACAUGCCAGUGCACAGAAAGCUCCACUGUUUUCUGCUCUGACAAAGCAUGUGGGUCUGAUGAAAUCUGUGGCAUCUCCAACUACACUCGUGGAUGCUACAGGAGUGGACCAUGUAUGCCAAACCCUUGUCAGAAUGAUGGUGUUUGCUCUGAAACUACCAAUGACACCUCUCUCCUCUUCUAUUGUGAAUGUUCAGAGCUGUACACAGGACCAACGUGUGAGGCUGAAAACAUAGCUGAAGACCCUGACACAGAGGAUCCCAAGGACUAUACGUAUGCCAUCGUCAUCGGAGUCGUGGCAGGUGUAAUUGUUAUUGUCAUUCUCAUCUCAUCUACAGUGUACUUGUACAGGAGAAAGAGAAAUGUGGAUACACAUACAGUAACAAGGGAUUCUUCUUUGAAGUGGUCCAGGGAUGAACUGGAUGCCAGAGUACACGAGCAAGAUUAUGGCUGCAUCGUGAACAGUGCAUUUGAUCAAAAUGAAUCCCAAAAUACACAGCUAUAG